AUGAAGUGAAGAUGGAGGGAUAAAAGAUUUAUUUGUAUAAUAACCAUGCUUGCCUUCUGAAUUUGAGGAAUAUCUGCCCAGACAUGUAAAUUCAAUGAAUAUCAGAAUUCUACCAAUGGCCUUUGUAUUAAAUGCGAGAAUAAGCUGUUUGGAUGAUACAAGUGCGCUGAGAAUUCAAGUAAAGAACUUGAGUGACAGCAGUGUAAAUAUGGCAUGAUCCUUGCAACCGAGCCCUACAAUCAUUGUAUAGAAGACUGCUCUACUAUUAAUGCUAGAUAUGUUACCAAUCCUAUCACUCAAAGUUGUGAGGACUGUGGAUUGCACUGUACUCAAUGAAAUAUUAUAUCAGGAUGAAUCGAUUCACCUUUGAUCGGAAAAGGAUAUAAGUUACAAAUUGUAGCUGGACAUAUGAGCUCAACUUUUCAAGAGUUAGUCAAAUGAUCAGAUGAGAGAUGAGAGGACUGUACCAAUGAGAGCUCAACUCAGUGAGAUAAAUGAUAUGACACCAUUUCAACAGAAACUCCUUGUAAUCUUUGAAAUAGUGAUGAUACUGGAUGAUUGCAAUGAGAUCCAAGUGAUCCAACAAUCUGAUUAGUCUGUAAGGAAGGAUAUGGGCUUAAUUCUUGGGAUCAUAAAUGAACACAAUGUACUGAGCCUAAUUGUAAGAGUUGUAAGACUACCAGAACUGAUGUAACACCUGAUCCAGACCCUGAUCCUGAUCCUGAUCCAGACCCUGAUCCAGAUGCUGACCCAGAUGCUGAUGCUGGCACUGGAGAUGCUGGUACUGGAGAUGCUGGCACUGGAGAUGCUGGCACUGGAGAUGCUGGCACUGGAGAUACUGGCAGUCCUACUACUCCCACCGAACCUACACCAGUUGAGCCUGUCUAUGAAUACUCUCAAGAAUGUGAGAGUUGAGUUGAAAAAUACAUAUUUGAAUCGACGACAAAAACAUGCACUUCCUGAAAUAUGACCACCCCUACAGAAUGGGAUAGAGGAGAAUGUUUAGCUUGCAAUUCUACAGGAGAUUGCACUAUUUGAAAAGAUGGAUAUUUUCAUAAUAGUUCAGACAAUACAUGCUACAAAGCAUGACCCCAAGGGACUUUUCCAAGUAUAUCACUUAAUUCAACAGGAGGGCUCUCAGUUAAGGAAUGUAUCUCAUGCCCUUCUGAGUGCCCUAUUUGAAAUGGGGCUGAUACUAGUAAAAAUUGAUUGUCAUGACCAGAAGGAAAGUAUUUGUCAGUUACAGUUUCAGAAUUAUUAUCUGGUGAAUGUCUCGAUAUCACUACUAAUACGUUAUCAGUAGAUGUAUUUGUCUCAAACGAUGCUACCUAUAUAGCAAGUGGUACAACACCUGAUGGAACAAUUGAAAAGCCAUUUUAUGACCUUGAAGAUGCUCUAAAUUAUGCUUAUGAGCAGUCAGCUCCUAACGCUUACACCCAAAUUAAAAUUCAUUUAUGGAAAGGGACUCAUUACCUUGUUCAGUCACCUUCUUGGUUGUAUUUCUACAAGAAAUAUAACAAUCCUUACUCAGUGGAUUAUGAUUUAACCAUAACACCUUUAUAUUGAUCAUAUGUUGACUCUGGAGGGAUGGAUAUUUCUUCCAUCUGAGGAUCUCCAGGGACUAAAGUAACUAUCAAAAAUAAGAGAGGAUCGAACUUCUUUAUUCAAGCAGGAAAAAGUCUGGUCAUCACAGAUGUUGUCUUUGAUUCACUAGAUUCUUUACUUUCACCGUAUGAUGCAACUUCCUUAGCAUGUUUGAAGAGUCGAGAGAGUUGAUGCAAAAUUAAUUCUGAUGGAGAGAUUACUAAUGACUCGAUCACAAACCCUAAUUUAUGUAAGGCUAGAUUGAUAUCAAGCGAAGAGUGAACUCUUACUUCUUACAGAUCUUUCAUCAAACUGAAGGUUUCUUCAAUCCAAAAGUACACAGAUCCUAGCGUAUUGACGAUUUCUAAUUGAGAAUUCCGAAAUUUCUACUACGAUAUAAAUGCUAUCAUAAAUCCAAAUCAAUUUGCAUCAAGGAUAACAAUUUCCUCUACAAUUUUCUCACGGAUUUCAAAUUGUGGGUCGGUUUUGAAGAACUUGAACCACUACCCUACUACUGUGCCUUCGACUAUCCCAGAUAUAUUGACAAAGAAACAGGAUUACUUUAAUUACCUUACUCUGAAAUUGGUAAAUGAGAAGGCAAGCAUCUAUCAUUCAACAGGAAUGUCGUCUACUCCCUUUACUAUGACAUGCCCAGCAUCCGACUGUUCCUCACUGACGAUCACGGGGUCUACCUUUGAAUAUCUAAGCGAUCAAAAGGAGCUGGCUUCUGAAGUGAAUGUUGUUCCUCAAACUUAUCAGAGGUAUCAAGCCAUGGCACUGAACCUUGUCAACUUUCCAGGAGACAUUGUCCUGAAAGAUAAUGACUUCACUAAAAAUUAUGUCAUGAUAAAUGGCUGAGACUAUGUUAAAUCCCUUUCGACUCCUACAGCAACUGCUUCUGCUAUUGAAUAUCUCGGAGUGAGUGACACUCACUACCAAAUCAAGUCUGUUGUGUCAAUCAUACAGCAUUCCAGACUUCUCGUUCUUGGUGAGAACAGGUUUACCCAAAAUGUUGGACUGAAAGGAGUUAUACUUAUAGAAUUGACGAAACAGAAGACCUAUCCACUCAUUAUAGUUGGAAAUACCUUCACUUCUAACUCAGGGUUUCUUUAUAGUGAUGCUCUUUAUAUUAGAAAGAUCACAGAUAAUGUCAAUAAUCCUGACCUUACUCAGGCCACUCAUUUCUGAGGAGGAAUUUAUAUGGCUAGCAAUACUUUCACACAAAAUAUUGGGUGCAAAGAAACUACGAGAGGAAGCUUUCUUGCUUACUGCUACUCCACUACUUCUCCAGGAUCUGAUGACUUCUACACACAAGAUGAAUACUUAGACCACCAAGCUCUGACAGGGAAGGACUCAGCACUCGCAGAUAAGGUAAAAUUCUUCAGAACAGUAGAUUACUCCAGUUACUCUGCAAAUAAUUAUGUCUACUCUUACGGAGGCUCUUUUGGAACGAUUACAUAUAAUAUGGAGCAAGUGAUGAUUACUUCUAACUCAUUUACAUCAAAUUAUGGAGGAAACGAGGGAGCAAUUUUGUCUAUUGAAGGAUUCCCAUUCGUCAGUGUCCAAAGCACUACCUUCACAAACAAUGGGAAUAAUAUACCUGAUUUUCAGGCAUUGUAUUCAACAAUUGUCAAUAAUGUACAAAGCUCAAGCACUGUGUCAAAUCUGUUCAAAAACACUAUAGUUGAUGAUGUGUAUCUUUCAUUUUAUGCUUUUAAAAUGGAGACUAUACUUAACAUUGACAUGACAAAUACUCUUUCAUUAGGGAAUCUAGUGUUUAACAAUAAUUGGGUUAUUGAUAUCCAAACUUCAAAGACCACCUCUCAUUCAAUUCGGGUUAGAAACAUGUACAAGAGUUUUAACUGCUUGAAUUGUCAAUUUACCAACAACAAAGGGAUUUCUAAUGAUCCAAUUUUAACAGUAGCUCCAAAUACUGUGAACUUCUCUUUUCUUAAGAAAGGAAUGCAAACGCCACUCAUCAACUUUGCAAACUACUUCUUUAGCACUUUUACUCUGACAGGGACUACCAAGUUUGAGAAUAAUGCAGGAGAUGUCGAUGGGACAACUACAAACGGAUAUCUGUUUAACUUACAAGAUACAGUCCUUAACUUUGCUCUUGAUGGAGUGUAUACUUCUAUAACUAUGACUGCAAAUUUUACUCAGAAUUAUCUGAAGAGUAGCCAAGCUUUGUUCCUAGCAAAUGUUAGGACAGUGACUCUCACAUCAUGCAUAUUUACUAAUAAUGGUUAUGAUACAACAGGGGCAUCUGCUGAUCUGGCUGCUAACUUACUGUAUUUCACGAUUCUUGAGGGCUACAGUUAUCAGAUCAUCUCAUCGCAGUUCACUUCAAACAGAGUAUCUGUUUCACCUAUAAGUGUCACUGAGCAGGCUACUAUUUCUGCUACAUCUCCAGGGAUGAUAAAUUUGUUAAUCCAGAGUACCACAUUUACUAGCAAUCAGGGCACUGAUAAUGGAGGAAGCUUCAUUAUUGGCAAGAAUCUUUGGCUAAAUAUACACAUAACCGGAUGCACUUUUAAUGGAAAUAUCUACUCAAAUCACCUGAUAGGGGAUAUUUACAAGCUCAGAGUCUCCUCUACAACAUAUACAAAUAUUGAGCCGACGAAAGUGACAGGAAUAACUGCUUCAGUUCUUCAUAAAAGUCAUGAAUAUAUUCUGGAGUAUGAUGAUGUCACAGUUGAAUGAUCUUUUACUGGGGUCACAAGCAGCGCUCUUCAAACAUCGUUAAGCACAGGCGACUCAUCUGUAUUUACCAAGCAAACUCUCUUUGUUCUAUCAGGAAUAGGGACAAAUACCUUCACAAAGUUGAAAGUUUCAAACUGAAUCGGAAUGAGAGAAGGAGGUGUAUUUAAUUUGCAAGCUGGAGCUUUAACAAAUACAAAUUCUACGUAUGACGGAAUUAUUGCCUAUCAAGGAGGUGCUUACAUGAUAGCAGAUGGCCUCUCUGUGACUUCGAGUACUAUCAUAUAUAAAAAUUCAUUCACUUAUACAGGAGGAUUUAUUUAUUGUUCAAGCUCUUGUACAGCAUCAUCAACUUCUGAUACUAUCACGAGUAAUAAGAUGUAUUCUAAAUCUUUAUUUCAUGUCGGAGGGUCUUCAUCAAUUACUUUAACUGGAGACUACAUCAGUUCAAAUACUGCUGUGGCAUCCACAGUAAUAGAGUGUUUAAAUGGUUGCUCUCUCACAGUCAAUGGAGGAACUCAAAUCCUCUUGAAUGUAGCAACAGGAGAGUAUGUCUUCUUCUACUGUCUUGGAUGAACUAUAAACUUAAACUCAGCAACAAUUUCAUCAAAUACUGCAGACCAGUAUCUGACAUUUGCAACUACCAAUACUAAUAUUCAGAUGGAUACUGUUACAAUGUCUAAUAAUACAGUUGCAAAAAGAUGUGGAUGCAUUUGCUUAGCGGCUACUUCGAGUUUGACUAUCUCUUCCAGUACCCUCAGCAAAAAUAAAGUAGGAACUAGAGCAAUGAUUGAUGUUUUACAAAGUUCCUCUGUAACAAUGGCCAAUGUGACAAUUACUGAAAAUGAGUCAAGCCAAGAUUCUUCAGCAAUGUAUGUCAGUGAUGCUACUUCAAUUAUGGUCCAGAAUUCAACCUUUUCUCAUAAUUUGAGUAAGAAUGGUGGGAAUAGCAUCACGUUGAUAUUUUCAGAUAGUAUUACUUUCCAAGAUUGUCAAUUUAGAGGAAAUCAAGCAACAAAAGAGAGCCAUCAUUUAUAUAGCAUUUUCACUACACUAACAAUCACUCGUUGCACUUUUGAUGACUCUUAUAAAAUUACGACUCUUACAGGAUUUACAACUGGUGGAUUUAUGUAUCUCAGUACCGGAUCGGCAGUAACUAUCACACAGUCUAGCUUCAAUAAAGGAGAAGCUACUUAUGGAGGAGCAAUUUAUAUCCUCGGAAGUGCAGAUGUGGCUAUCCAAAGCUCUAAUUUUACACUAAAUACUGCAGAUCAAGGAGCAGCUAUACAUGCUACAACUUAUAAUACUCUGUCGAUCUCAAAUAACUGAAUAUUUCAAAAGAAUUCAGCAAAUUCCAAGGUUGGGGAAGGAAUUUAUGUAACAAAUGCAUUCAAUGCUAUCUCAAUUACUAACUCUGUGUUUGAAGUAAAUGACAAUGCAAUUUAUCUAAAGCGUACGAAUGCAGUGAUCACUUCUUGUACGUUUACUGGAAAUUCAUCAUCUACUGCUGAUCAGCUUAAUGAGUUUGCUGGGGGUGUGGAGUUCGAUGAAGUAGCUAAUGGUCAAAUUAUAAACUCAACCUUCACUAGUCUAAAAGGAAAGGGUGGUGCUUUUAAGAUUAGUUCUAAUCCAUACUUUAAGAACCAGAACUCAGAUGUUUCUUACAUAAUAACUAACUCUACAAUCACAGACUGAGAAUCUGUAGGAAAUGGAGGUGGAAUCUUUGUUGAUACUAUUAAAGAACUGAACUUAACCAACACUCAACUAAUGAACAAUAAAGCUAUGAAUGGAGAGGGUGGAGGUAUUUAUUUUCUCUGCUAUGAAAACCUUGACGAUGUUUGCAAUCUCAACCUGAUCAAUUCAAAUAUCACGAAAAAUAAUGCAAAAGUUGGAGGAGGUAUUAAAUGGAACUAUAGUAAACCUAACCAAGACUCAUCCUCACAGGUGAGCGAUAAUGAUGCCACAAUUUAUGGUAAAGACUUUGCAUGAUUUGCAAGAGAAAUCAAAAUCCUUGCAGAAGCAGAUUAUACUUACUACAUCAAUGAAGAAGGAACCAAUGAUCUAGCAGCAAAGACAGAUAGUUCGGAAAGCGAAUCCCUGGACAGACUAGAUUUCGCAGGAGUAAUGAGUGGAGGGUCAAUUCCAACUACUUAUCUCGGACUGGUCGAUGAAUACGGACAAAUUGUCACAUCUGAUAGUUCAGUAAUGACAGAAUUUUUGGUUGAUGAUACUGACUCAGCGUCUAAGCAAUUCACUAGUGUUGUAUUCGGGCAGACAAAGUUUUAUUCAAUCAAUGGAGUCUAUAAUAUCACUGGGUUAUUUUUGAUUGCUGACCCUGACUCUAAUCAAUCUCUGAGAAUGAUCAAUUAUGGAAUUGAUGUCAAUAUUAAAUCUGUCCAAGAAUUUCUUACUUCACUUGGACUUACUAGAACCACAAUAUACUACCUUGACAUGGGAAUUGGCCUAAGGCCAUGCAUAGAGGGGGAAGGACUGAGAGAAAGUGGAGCCUGCUAUGAAUGCCCUAAGGGAACUUAUCUCCUCGAAGUCCCUACAGUCCCAACAGAAUGUAAAACAUGCAACUCAGAGAGAGCUAUCUGCCUAGGAGGUUCCAAUAUUGGGCCUCAGCCAGGGUAUUGGAGGAAAUCUAACAUUACUGAAGAAUUUCAAGUUUGCCCUUACUCAGCAGCAUGUCUGGGAAUGAAUGCUCCUGAUUACAACCCCAAAGGAGAUUGAGCUGAAGGAUAUCAUGGAACUUUAUGUCAAGGAUGACUUCCUGGAUUUAGUCGCUCAGGGGAAGAUGAAUGAAAUAAGUGUCCUGAUCCUUCAAUCAACUUGCUAAGAAUUCUUGGAAUUUUCAUUUUAUCAGUAGUCUUAGUGAUUAUGAUGGUUAAAAAUAUUCUUUCAUCUGCAAUGAAUCCCUCACCUACUUCUGUUUACAUCAAGAUCAUGAUGAAUCACUUGCAAUUGCUAAUGAUCACAGCUUCGUUUAACUUCGAAUGGCCUGACGAGAUAGUAGGCUUUUUUGGAGCAAUUUCUCCUGUUGCAACAGCAAGUGAAAACCUGAUUUCCUUCGAUUGCUUCCUUGAUUUAAGAGAAAAGAGCUCAGUAGAUAUGGACGCAAAUUCAGCCCCAGAUAAUGAUAUGAGAGUUGAGCAGCUCAAUGUGUUAGUCUAUUGGUUCUUGCCUUGGACAAUUGCUUUCAUGGUGUUCAUUCCAUGGUUUAUAAUCCUCAGAAAGAAAAAUCAAAGGAAGAAGCUAAAUGCUAGGUUCAUCACCACAUAUAUCUUCAUUCUAUUCCUUGUGUUUCCAAAUAUCACGCAGAAAAUGGUGGAUCAGUUCAAUUGUCAAAUAUAUGAUGGAGAAAGACGCUUGAAAGUUGACCUACAAUCCCCAUGCUGGGAAGGCUACCAUUGGGUUUUCUCUGUUUACAUUGCCCUACCUGGAAUCCUAAUUUAUGGAAUUGGAAUCCCUGCUGGAGUCCUUUACCUCAUGAGAAGAGAUAGAGACAGGUUGGAUACCCUCAAUGUUAAAGAAAAGUUUGGAUUCUUAUUCAACGGGUUCAAGAAAAAGUAUUAUUAUUGGGAAAUAGCGAUUAUGUACCGAAAAGCUUUAAUGAUAUUCAUUGCUGUAUUCCUAAAUCAGAUAGGUUUGAUUGUACAAGCGUUGGUAAUCCUCAUAGUCCUGGUUGUCUUCAUCCAAGUGAACAACAUUAGGAGACCUUUUGCAGAUAGAGCUCUAAACGAAAUUGAAAAUCUAUCCUUAAUGACAUCGACCGUUACAAUCUAUUGUGGAAUUUUCUUUUUAUCAGCAAAGGAUCCAGACAGCUUAAGUUUUGAUAAGAAUAGAGACUUCAGUUUAAACGCGACCACUAGUAUAUUCCUAUUCAUGCUGAUCCUGGGAAGCAACUUGUUAUUCACAACAAUUUGGGUUAUUAAGUUCUACUUCAUCGCCAGGGACAUGAUCCGUGAGAAAUUCCCUAGAGUCUACAUCUGGGUUUUCCUCUGCUGCCGCAAAGAUAGAUGGGUCAGAGAGAACAUUCAAAGAGCUAAGAAAGAAAAGAACGAAAGUAUGAUUGCCAAAAUCGAAGAUGUUCAAUACUUCAUGAAAGAUAUGAAAGCAAUGUACAUUAACCAUGUCAACUAUGAAGGCCAUGACGAGUUCAUGAAAUUACUCUAUAUCAUCGAAGACAUGAAGCCUAAGAUUGAUAUGACCAUUAAGAAAAAUGAAUUCAAAGUUGAUGGGAAGAUCGCUAGAGAAAGAAGAUUCGAUCCAGAACAUCUCAAUAGAGCACUUGAUGAUAAGAAGCUUGAGGUCAAUGAAUCCUUUGAGUCUAAAGGUAGCUAUAGUAAUUCUGAAUCUAUCAGUAAGCAAAAAGUCGUUAAAUCUUCGAAGGAUAGAGAUCUUAAGGUUGAAAAUGAUAUGCCUCAUGGUAGAGAUGAGCUCCUUACAUACUUUGAAAAUCGAGAGAAGAUUCAUAACAUCAACAGAAAUCACUUAAAAAUCUAUGAUUUCCUCUUUAACGACAAGAAGAAGGAGAAUAAAUUUAAGAGCUCUCUUGAAGAAGAAAAAGUUCAACAGUUAGAGGAUUAUUUGAGAGAUAAAUUCAAAAAUCCUGAUUCUAAAACUAUGCAAAAGAAAGGUACCUCAACAGAUGAUAUCGAAAACAGCGGAUCGAGAAGGAGUCACAGAAGUUACACAGCUAAAGAGAUAUCACUAGAUGGUGAAGAAGGAAACACCACUACGAACAAUCUUGUUGCUAAUUUUAACGAGUACGAGACUGACAUCGGGAUGCCUCAUAAUGAAGCACCUAAGUUGAAAAUGUCCAGGAAUGCCAAAGUCCUAAUGCGAACAAAAGAAGGACAGACUAGUGGGGAAAUAUUAUACGAAAUUGACCCAAGAUUUAAUCUUCCCAAAGGAGAAUCUAUCCAAGAGGAAGAUCUUGAAGUCAGAGAAUAUGAUUCUGAUGUGAACGAGAUAUCUAAUUAUUCACCCAAGAAAAACAUCAAGGUGGCCCCAAUCAAUGAGUUAUCAAAUGAUAUGACACCUAUGACUAAAGAAAAUCUCACAAAAAUUAUAGAGAAUUCUUUCCCUUCAAUGAACAACGUAAAGAAACCCUUUAGGAAUGAUGAGUCUUCUGUAGAGCAAGAAGGUAGCGAAGAGUCUAAAAGCUCAACAAUAACCUCAAGUAGUGGCUCUUCGGACAUGACUCCAGUACAGCGUGCUGUGAUGGAAAGAAGAGCCCCCAAGAUCAUAGAGCCAGAUGAAGAAGAGAAGAAAGAAAAGAACCAUCGUAACAAGGAGUUCUUAAAGAGCUUAGACAAGGAUCACAGGAAAAAUAUUAACCAGAUGGGUCUUUCCUUCCAGGAUGUUGCAGGAGGUGCUCAAAAGCCUCAAAAGGCUUUAUUUCCCCUCUCUGAUAAGAGGAAGUCAAGAAUCAACCAAAUCAAGAGGCAGGAUCAGAAGAAAAUGUCUAUUCUUGAAAGCACCUUGCAGGAAGGUAGCAAGAAGAGAAAAACUAAGCUAACACUGGGAGAAAUUGUGCUAAAAGUUAGCGAAUAUCGUAAACAAAUGGCAGAACUUCAGGACGUAAAAGAAGAAUCCUCUGACGAGGGUGAGAAAUUAGAUGUCAACUUUGAUGAAUGUUUGGAGUCAAUAGAUUCACCAUAAAUUCCAUUAUUGAUAAUAUUCAGUACUUUUGGA